AUGGAUCGAGUUAGAAGAAACUACCGAACGCGUCAACUGAUGGAGCGGUUGCGAGAGCAAGAGGAUGAAAACGAUUACUUCGGCUUUGAUCCUGUUGCUCCAUUGGCGGACAAAAGAUACAAGCCGCACCAGGAAACUGGAAAUCAUUCAACCCCACAAAUGCAGGAUAUCGCGGGGCAUUUGUCUACAAGCUUAUGUCUCAAGGAGCCGGAAUCUCGUGACUUACCAAUGAGACUGAGUCCGGAGUUCUACCAUCCUGAUAAUGCUUUUCAAUGCCAAAAUGAAGAGAAAGGCUGCACCACACCGGACUUUUGGGGAUUCGACCCCGCCAUUCCUUCCAAACAAGCACCUAUCCCCUCGGAGAAAACUUGGACUGAACCCGGGUUUAAAGUAGAAAAGCCUGCUGGAAAGACAACGGACAAUGUGGUACAAAUAUUUCAGAUCCCUAUUGGAUUUGAACUAUUUGAAAAGAACCGCGGAAAGCCGCCUGUGGCACGCAGCAAACCCAAUCAUGCACUCUCACCAAAUAGGCAGCCUUAA